AUGGCCUUCCACUCGUCGACAUCACCCCGCGCGCCCGGCCCAGGCCCAGCUGGGGAGAACCACACGCUAAGCGAUGACCCUCCGCAGAGGGGUACGGCGGAGGUAGUCUACCGUAUAGCUGAGCUCCGGCAGCGCAUCUACUCGACGGAGAAGGCAUGUACGGAGGUGGCAAUGAAAGAGUUGUACAAGACUAUACCGUAUCGGGGUGCAGAGGCUCUCUGUGGGGAUCUUAACGCCCGUCAGCUAUCCUCCCUGGAUCUCGUACUCAACAUCGAUUGUCACAGCGAAGACUUGUACGAAUCGGUCGCCCUUCGUCGUACACUCGGUCACCCGCCGCGUGGAGUCACUCCAGUCAUCUUGAUCGACGAUGAGGACGACGAAUACUAUGACGAGGCGGGAGAGGCAUACCAUCGUGCCGAAGCCAAAUACAAAAGCGCCCUCGCUCGGUAUAGCGUCAAGCUCUUCAAGGCGACAGUCCCUCCCUUAAGGAAACGCUUCGUCCAUCUAGAGCAAAUCUGGUUCGGGGACGGGGUCAGGGAGGUCUUUGGAGCACAGGAACACUGGAUCGUUCACGUUUACCAGCCGGGAAAGGACAACCGGCCCGGGUCACUUCCCCAAUCAGAUCUCGGUCAGAUAGACCUCUUCACAACCUGUCAGGUGCAUCUCGAGGCAGAUAUCUAUGGCAAGCGCUCGCUGAUCGCUCCUCACGGGUACUCGCUCGAGGUGAAGACCGACCUAGUAUGUGGCGGGACAUAUUAUGGGUCGGUACCGGACCAGGCGGCGAUGGACGAAUGGCGACGGGUCAUGCGGGAAGGACCUUCCUUCUCAAAUCUGGCGAGGGGACUCAAUCUCGGCCCUAUCCCGAUCACCUUACGGCCCGCCCAGCGUCGGAACGUCCACGCCGGGGCAGCGCUACCGUGGGACGUAGAGGAUCUACGAUCUCUGGCAAGCGUGUCAUCUGCCUCCCUCACAUCCCUUCAUCUCGCCCCCGACGAAAAAGAUCAUCAUCCCGGACUCACCAAACUCUCAUUUGCGGACCUCAGAAGCCUCGUCGAGCUCGUGAGGAGCGAAUUGCCACUCCUCCAGGACCUCAGCAUCACCCUCAACGGCGUGGAAGAUGCCGAGACGCAUUGUCGAGACCUGCAGGGGUGCCUAGAGGACGGAGGGACCAUCUCCAAGCUCCUCAUUGUCUGCGCGCGACCACGGGUGCCGCUUUUCAACGUCCUGCGUUCUUUAUCUACCAUCCUCACGUCGACAGCCUAUAUCGGCUCUGCUAAAGGGUCGGACGGACGCAGAGACAACGUCAACGGCGAACGAAUCGAAUGUCUGGCUUAUCUGAGGGGACAGCCGCACCUGCGGCGGCAGUACCUAGCUCGGGCCGACUUCGCGGCGAUGGGGGUCUCCUCGUAUCGAGACGUUUGCGAGCUCGAAUACCAUGACGAUGGCCGUCCGAAAUGCCGAGGCGAGACCAGGGCCGGGGCUUGGCAGCGCGCCACAGCCGGGGUAGCGGACGCUGCCGGGUACACGGCACUGCCCGCCCUAUCAGUCGCGGUCGCGCGGAUCGCACAAUCUGCCUCGCGGUUCCACGGGAUCUCGGACACUACCAAGAGACGCGAACUGCUCGAGGAGGCAAAGAAAUUACUCGGUGCGGCGGAUGCGUUCUCGGCUGCCAACGCAGAGGUGAAGCGGAUCAUGGAGGAGGGAGAGCGGACUGUGGCGGAUAUCAGGCGGUAUGUGGACGUACUGCAGACGCGUCAAGGGGAGGAACGAUGA